AUGGAGGCGUGGUCCGGCCAGAAGCCGCAUGUGGGCAUGGCUCGGAUUUGGGGUUGCAUGGGAAGUGUCAUGCUGCAUGGGCAUGAGAAGGGUGGCAAGCUUGAUGCACGGGCUGUCAUGUGUGUCUGUGUUGGGGUGGACAUGGAGAGCAAGGGUUGGCGCAUGCUGGACCCUUCUCUCAUGCGCAUUCGCAUUGCUCGGGAUGUUGAUUUUCUUGAGAAUGUGAUGUGGAAGGAUUGGGACAAGGCAAAGGGAUUUGGGGAGCUUCUGCAGGAUGCAGCUGCGAUUUCCCAACUCCUCCCUCUUCCACUCUCGCCACCCUCAGCAACGGCUGACGACGUUGAGAUGCCACUUUCAUCACUGCCACCGGCACCGCUGAGUGUGUCGGUGCAGCAGCAGCCCACCCCUCUGCAGCAGCUCAGUGGCCCCUCGGUCAUUCAGCGGAGAUCCGCUACACAGUCUACUUCCUCUUCCUCCUCCUCUGGUCAGCGCUCUGUCCCUCUCUCUACGGGUGCCCCUCCGUCACCAGCGACUACCUCCCCACCACCGGUUACGGGUUUGCAGGUGCUUGGUAUCCAGUCUGGUACAGGUGGUGAGGAGGUAGGGGGGGAUGCUGGUGUGGUUGAGGGCAUGCUGUGUUUGGCCAGGGAGGUGGAAGGUGUUGCACUGGCAGGUGUGAGCACCGGUGAUGUCCCACGCACACUCGCUGAGGCCCUGCGUGGCCCUGAGGGCCCUGCGUGGAAGGCAGGCGCAGAGAAGGAGGUAAAUGCAAUGCGUACUAUGGGUGUAUGGGAUCUAGAGCCGGUCGACUUACCUUCAGGUAAGAAGGCCAUUGGGGUCCGUCCUGCGUGGCACCAAGACGCAUUCACAUGCGUGCUGCACUGA